AUGGGCGUCGUCGCUGCUGCUGGCGGAGGAGGCGUGUCCAACGAGCUCGCAGGUCUGCUGGCCGGCCGCGAUACAAGAUGGUACAAGGGCUACCACCUCAAGCUCAACAUUAUGCUUUUACUCAUCCUCAUCACGUCCAUGACCAACGGCUAUGAUGGGUCCAUGAUGAAUGGUCUCCAGGCUCUCGAUACUUGGAAGGAGUAUUUUAACCACCCCGAGCGCAGCCCAACCCUCUUCGGCGUGUUCAACGCGAUCCAGUCGAUCGGCGGCAUUGUCGGCCUCCCCUUUGCACCCUACCUCGCAGACUACUUUGGCCGCCGCUGGACCAUCUUCCUCGGCGCAGCCUUGAUGGUUAUUGCCACUGUGAUCCAGACCGCGUCGCAGAACGUCGGCAUGUUCAUCUUCUCGCGCGGCCUCAUCGGGUUCGGCCUCUCGUGGGCCGGUUUAGCCUCACCCCUCCUCAUCACUGAGCUCGCGUUUCCCACCCACCGUGCCCCCAUCACCUCGCUCUACAACUCGAUGUGGUACCUCGGCUCCAUCGUUGCGGCCUGGACGACCUUUGGCACUUUCCGCAUUGCUAACACCUGGUCGUGGCGCAUCCCGUCCGUUCUCCAGGGCGUGCCAUCGGUCCUCCAGAUCCUCUUCAUCUUCUUCAUCCCCGAGUCUCCUCGCUGGCUCAUCUCCAAGGGCAAGGUCGAGCCCGCUCGUGACAUCAUCACCAAAGUUCAUUGUGGUGGCGACGUCGAUGACCCUCUGGUUGACUACGAAGUCGCGGAGAUUAGAGAGAUGCUCCGGAUCGAGCAAGAAGCCGCCCAGUCCUCGUCAUGGAAGGAGCUAUUCACCACACCCGGAAACCUCCGCCGCAUGCGCAUCAUCAUGGCCAUUGCCUUUUUCAGCCAGUGGUCCGGAAACGGCCUCGUCUCGUACUACCUCACCAUCGUUCUCAAGGGUAUCGGAAUCACAUCCCCUGGCCACCAGACGCUCAUCAACGGUGUCUUGCAGGUAUACAACUUCUUCUGGGCCAUCGUCGGAGCUCUCACCGUCGACCGUGUUGGCCGCCGCUUCCUCUUCAUGACCUCGACCAUCGGUAUGAUGUUCUCCUUCGUGGCAUGGACCAUCUGCUCAGCCCUCUACCGGCAGAGUGCGACCGAGUUCGAACCUGCCUGCCUGGCUGCCAACAACGGCAAUUCGCGCGAAUGCGUCGCCCUCAAUGCCGACAAGAGUGCAGGCAACGGCGUAAUCGCCUUCAUCUUCAUCUUUUACGCGUUCUACGACAUCGCCAUGUCCCCGCUCCUCGUCUCGUACACCGUCGAGAUCCUGCCCUUCCGCGUCCGCGCCAAGGGCCUCAUGGCCAUGCAGAUGUGCGUCAACGCCUCCCUCGUCUUCAACCAGUAUGUCAACCCGAUUGCAAUGGACGCCCUCGACUGGAAGUACUACAUCGUGUUCUGCGUGUUCCUCGCAUUCACCGUCGUCUACUGCUACCUCUUUGUCAUCGAGACGCGUGGCCCCGAUGGUCCUCUCUCGCUCGAGGAGAUUGCCGCCCUCUUCGACGGACCCCACCGCUACGGCUUCCAAAAGAACCCCGUCAUCGACCGCACUUCGGACGUCGAGGCCGAAGACCUUCACGGCAAGGGCGGUCUCAACCAGGUGCCGUUUGGUGCUGUGCGCCACCUCACUGCGGACCAGUAG